GCACACACACACACACACACACACACACACUGGGAUGGCUGUGUGUGGCUGGAGCCAAGGCUGAUUCUCCACUCAGCAAGUGAGCUCCCUGUGCCUCUCCUAGAAAAUAAGGAAUUGGGGAAGGAACAGUUAAUAAGAAAAUGUGCCUUGCUAACUGUGCACAUUACAACAAAGAGCUGGCAGCUCCUGAAGGAAAAGGGUUUGUGCCGCUGCCGUUCAAACUUGUCAGUCAACUCGUGCCAGCAGCCUCAGCGUCUGCCUCCCCAGCACACCCUCAUUACAUGUGUCUGUCUGGCCUGAUCUGUACAUCUGCUCAGAGUCGCUCCUGCCGAGUUGAGUCGGGGAUUUCUGCAUUUCUCACUGGUGCCAAGAGCAGAUUUCUCUAUCUGCUGCUUCUCUGUCACCCCGGCUCUCUCCCCCAAGGAGGCUCUCCGGCUUUUAUGAUAGCUUUGGACUUCCUACGCUGUCUGCCUGUCCCUGACUUCUAGAAUGGAAGAAGCCGAGCUGGUGAAGGAAAGGCUGCAGGCCAUCACAGAUAAAAGAAAAAUACAGGAAGAAAUCUCAGAGAAACGUUUGAAAAUAGAGGAAGAAAAACUAAGGCACCAGCAUUUGAAGAAAAAGGCCUUGAGGGAGAAAUGGCUUCUAGAUGGAAUCAGCAGCGGAAAAGAACAGGAAGAGAUGAAGAAGCAAAAUCAACAAGACCACCACCAGAUUCAGCUUCUAGAACAAAGUAUCCUCAGACUAGAGAAAGAAAUCCACAAUCUCGAAAAGGCGGAACUACAAAUCUCAACCAAUGAAGAGGCAAUUUUAAAGAAAUUGAAAUCAGUUGAGAGAACAACAGAAGACAUAAUAAGGUCUGUGAAGGUAGAAAAGGAAGAACCAUUAGAAGCAUCAAUUGAAGACAUCUAUGCUAAUAUCCCUGACCUUCCAAAGUCCUACAUACCCACCAGGCUAAGGAAGGAAAGAAAUGAAGGAAUAGAAGAUGAUGAGCAAAACAGAAAAGCUUUGUAUGCCAUGGAAAUUAAGGUUGAAAAAGACUUGAAGACCGGAGAAAGUACAGUCCUGUCUUCAAUACCUCUCCCAUCCGAUGACUUUAAAGGUACAGGAAUCAAAGUAUAUGAUGAUGGGCGAAAGUCUGUAUACGCAGUCAGCUCCAAUCAGAGGGUGGCACACAAUGGCGCCGAUGGCCUGGCAACAGUUGAGGUAGAGGAACUUCUACGACAAGCUUCUGAAAGAAACUCUCAAUCCCCAACGGAGUAUCACGAGCCUGUAUAUGCCAAUCCCUUUUACAGGCCAACCACUCCACAGAGAGACAAAUUACCCCCUGGACCAAACUUUCAAGAAAGGAUAAAGAUGAAAGCUAACGGACUAGGAAAUGAUGUGAAUGAAUCCGUACACAGUAUGAACAAUGGACUUUCAGAGGAGGGUGGCACCAGCUUCAAUCAUAUUGGUGCCAGUCAGCCAAUUCCUCGUCCCCGAUCAAUGACUCACCAAGCACAGGAGACAUCCUACACCCUACAGAAGGGGCAGACGACGCCUUGGGAAGAACCGAAUGUGAUGCAAGACAAGUAUUCACCUUCCCCAAAGGCAAGACAGAAUCCCAGUGAAGCCCUAGUUGGGAAGUCAGAACCCCAAGGUGCUUCUCCUACUUCCCAGGAGGAAGAAGAUGUUAGAUACAAUAUUGUUCAUUCCCUGCCAUCUGACAUGAAAGAUAGAGAACCUGUGACAAUGAUUUUCAUGGGGUAUCAGCAGGCAGAAGACAACGAAGAAGAAAAGAAGCUUCUGACCGGGUAUGACGGGAUCAUCCACGCUGAGCUGGUGGUGAUUGAUGAUGAGGAGGAGGGUGAGGGAGAUGAGGAACCUUCCUACCAUCCCGUAGCUCCUUAUAGUCAGGUUUACCAGCCUGUCAAACCAACACCACUUCCCAGGAAGAGAUCAGAAGUUAAACCCCAUGAAAACACAAACCACAGAUCUCCACACAAAAAUUCCAUGUCCCUAAAAGAGCAAGAAGAAAACUUAGGCAGCCCUAUCCAGAAUUCUCCACUUGAAGUUCAGCUAGCUGGUGAUGGGACUGAGGAUCCGACCUUAACAGCUUUAAGGAUGAGAAUGGCAAAGCUGGGAAAAAAGGUUAUCUGAGAAGUGUGCCAUCUAUGUAGACAUUCUUUGGAGAAGAAACUAAGAAACUUUGCAAAUUUCUUUUCUGGAUAUUUUGUUUCUUUUUUCUGACAUCCAAAAAAAACUAUAACUGUACCCAUACUAAGCCAUGUGAAUAAACAGUAGUCAUUAUUUGUGAAAAAUUCAAAAAAAAAAAUGGGAGAACAAAUGUUAAACUUUUCCAUUUACUGACAUGAUUCAGUGGGGACGGGAAGGGUAUGGGAAGCCAUUGUAUUUUUAUUGUAUUGAUACCAAAGAAUUUCUAAUAAGAGCUUGUUAAAUUUAAGAAUAAAGUUAUUUAAAAUAGCCUGACU